AUGGAAGAAUCGGUGCCCGGGACUCCUCACACGUAUACCACCGACGUUCUGCUGGUUGAUCUCCAGGAUGAGGAACGAGCCUCCCUCUCCGGUACAAGUCUCGGUCAAGAGGCCCAUCCUGCACCAUCCUCGUGCAUCGAACCCCAAGUGGUAGAGGUCAUACCCCCUCCGAGACACCCGGACCUCCCUAGAGCUGAAACCUCAACGGCUCCAGUGGACUUGACUCCCGCCAAACCCUCUUGCCCUUCAGUGAGCCAUAUCCCUGACCCAAACCCCUCCGCCUCCGGGCCGGCCUCCAAACAUCCCCCAACUACAACACCCGGGGAAUCCACAACCCCAGCUAGAGGACCAACCUCCAAGCAACUUCCAGUCAACCAAAAGACUGGCCCCCAGAGCACCAAAGGAAAUCCAGAAAACACCACCGGUAACCAAAAUCGCAGUUCCAGAAAGAAACGAAUUUGGUGUUUUGACUGCCGUCGUCAUGGACACCGACCUGCCGACUGUCCAAAUCCAACGGGGGAAAAGUACUGUGGGAAAUGUCCCUACAGGGUUACGGCAAAUCGACCCUGCCCUACACAUAAAACGGAAUGGGCUGCCGCGGUGACUAGUCGCUGCGCCCGGGAGACCCCCACACGAGACGAGACAUCUCCGCGAUCAGCGGCUAUCCCCCUAAGGGCGAACCACGGGGCUCUACGCUCCUCGACCACCUUGAGGAAUCUCAACUCGGGAAGGGAAAACCCCUCGAACUCCUCUCCAGGCAUCGACCGCCCACCUACACGUCCGAGACGCACGUCGGGAGGUCGAGGGUAUUAUAUGAACCAGCCCCCAUCACCACCAUACUGGGUCACUUCCUCCGGAUUUCCUCCACACGAUACGCAGUUCGGGGAUUAUCCAGGCUACCAAAAUUCUUGGGACCAUUAUAGUCCCGGAGGUGACCAAUACCCUCCAGAUCCUGAUAGAGAGACCCAUGAUCUCUCCAGAAGAACGGCAGCGACGCCCCCACUACCAUCAACAUCAUCCGCAAUGAGACCAGGAACGGUCACACUGGAAGCGGAGACUGUAGCGGCCAUUGCGGAGCUCCUCACAGGCCGACGAUCGUCUGUUGGGUACAGUCCCAGUCACCAGCCUGGCCCCUCCAGAGCCUGGGGAUCCAGGUAUCCUCCGCACCACUGA